GGAGUGCAGCAGUGCCCAAGAAGCCGAAGCAGGAAGGCUGGGAGCGGUCCAGUGAGAGCCCAAAAAUCAUCCUCCACCUGUCAGCCAUGGGGGAGAUGGAGCAGCUGCGGCAAGAAGCAGAACAGAUCAAGCAGCAAAUUGCAGAUGCCAGGAAAGCCUGUGCUGACAUCACUCUGGCAGAGCUGGUGUCGGGCCUGGAGGUGGCUGGACGGGUCCAGAUGAGAACACGGCGGACAUUGAGAGGGCAUCUGGCCAAGAUCUAUGCCAUGCACUGGGCCACUGACUCCAAGCUGCUGGUAAGUGCCUCGCAGGACGGGAAACUGAUCGUAUGGGACACCUACACCACCAAUAAGGUGCAUGCCAUCCCUCUGCGCUCCUCCUGGGUCAUGACUUGUGCCUACGCCCCGUCGGGGAACUUCGUGGCCUGCGGGGGGCUGGACAACAUGUGCUCCAUCUACAGUCUCAAGUCACGGGAGGGGAGCGUUAAGGUUAGCCGGGAGCUCUCUGCGCACACUGGUUAUCUCUCCUGUUGCCGCUUCCUGGAUGACAACAACAUUGUGACCAGCUCAGGGGACACCACCUGUGCCCUGUGGGACAUUGAAACCGGGCAGCAGAAGACGGUGUUUGUGGGCCACACUGGCGACUGCAUGAGCCUGGCUGUGUCUCCCGACUUCAAGCUCUUCAUCUCAGGGGCCUGUGACGCCAGCGCCAAGCUCUGGGAUGUGCGGGAGGGCACCUGCCGGCAGACAUUCACUGGCCACGAGUCGGACAUCAACGCCAUCUGUUUCUUUCCCAGUGGGGAGGCCAUCUGCACUGGCUCAGACGAUGCCUCGUGCCGCCUGUUUGACCUGCGUGCUGACCAGGAGCUAGCCGUCUACUCCCAUGAAAGCAUCCUGUGUGGGAUCACAUCCGUGGCCUUCUCCCUCAGUGGCCGCCUGCUCUUUGCUGGUUAUGACGACUUCAACUGCAACAUCUGGGACUCCAUGAAGAGCGAGCGUGUGGGCAUCCUCUCUGGCCACGACAAUAGAGUCAGCUGCCUGGGGGUCACUGCUGAUGGCAUGGCUGUGGCCACAGGCUCGUGGGACAGCUUCCUUAAAAUCUGGAACUGAUAUGGCCGGAAAUGGGGGGACUAAAGAAGACAAUCAAGUGUCCCCUCUGCUCUUCCUCCCAAUUGCUUAAAAGCAUUUCAUCCUCUAGCCUGCAGCUGCCAUUCCCAGCCAGUAUCCUCCUAGAGAAUAGUGGAGACUCUGGGCAGGGUGUCUUUUGGGGGCAGCAUCAGGAGCAUUGGGCACACAGCUGCCCUGGCUCCUCCCAAGACUUCUGCUUUCUAUGUUCCUGAUAGUGUCACCCUUGAGGAAGGACAUCCCAAGCAUCCCAGCCCUUGACAUGCCUCUAGGGCUAGGACUCCUCCGCCAGCAUGGGGUGGCCCAAACAGGAUGCUCAAA